CUCCCUCACAGGGUCCCCUCACCUCCCUCACGGCGUCCCCUCAGGUCCCUUACGGCCGCCAUGGACUGGUUCCACUGCAACCGCUGCUUCCGCCCCGAUGGCGCCCGCUUCGCCGUCACCAGCUGCGGGCACCUGCUGUGCGCCGCCUGCGGGGCCGCGGGUCCGUGCCCCAUCUGCGCCACCGAGUGCCGCUACCUCCCCGUGUCCGACAAGGCGAGUUGUGUCCCCCCUCCCCACCCGCCAUCUUGAGCCUUCCUCACCCUCGUCUCCCUCCCCGCAGAUGCGCCCCCAGGAGAAGCUCUUCUUCAAGAGCCCGGCUGACAUCGCCCUCAAGCACCUCGCCCACAUCUCCCAGGUGUGGCGAUUCCAGCGGGCGCAGAGCGACCUGCUGCUGGCCUCGCACAGGGAACGCGCCCGCCGCGCCCAGGCGGCGCUGGACGACGCCCGCCGCCUCCUCCAGGCCCGCGAGAGGGAGCUGGAGGCGCUGCGGCGGGAGAACAGGGAGCUGCGCCGCGCUCAGAUCUCCCCUGGCUGGCGAGGGAGCAGCAGGAGCAGCACACCGCGGCCGGUCGGCAUCACCUCCCCAGCGCAGACAGUCACCCCCCAGCCCCGCCGGCAGCUGAGCGGCCAAGUGGUGAGCCGCUCCACCCCGCUGGAGCCCUCCCCGGCCCACGGCACCCCUGUAUGGCAGGUGGGUGGUUCCCAUUGGGGCUCCGCGACCCCUCCGGCCUCCAGCGCGGCUGAGCGACCCCGAAACCGCCUGCUUUUCACCCAAGUCCUGCCUGCUGCACUCCCAAGCCCCGCCCACUCAGCCCCAAGCCCCGCCCCCCUGGGCCAGUUCUACCCCUACCCCUCUCCAAGCUUAUAAGCCCCGCCCCCUCAGCUCCCAAUCCCCGCCUCUCAGCUCCCAAUCCCCGCCCCUCAGCCACAAGCCCCGCCCCUCCCCCGCCUCACAAGUUGGUGGUUCGGUGCCCAAACCCCACCCCCUUCGAUAAGCCCCGCCCCCUUGACGCUCGAGCCACACCCUCUCAGCGGUCAAGCUCUGCCCCCUCGGCUCUCAGGCCACGCCUCUUUCGGCUCUGAAGCCACGCCCCUUCCCCAACCCACAUACCAUUGGUUCAUUCGCUGCCUCAAAGCCCCACCCCUGCUCCCAGACCCCGCCCCCUCGGCCCCAAGCCCCGCCCCUUCCCCAGAGCCUUACACCCUGGCGGUUCUCUACCCCAAACCCCGCCCCUUUGGCAAACCCCGCCUCUUUGCUCACAAGCCCCGCCCUGAAACCACCCCACCCCGC